AAUGCAUUUGCAAAAGUGAGUAGUGUUUGGGAAUGAUGAGGCCUCUGUCCCAUCUGCCCUGUUUAAAGCAGCUGAUUCCGUCUAUUCGUUUGUUCUGUGCGAAGAUAAAUUGACUCAGUCUGCACGCAACAAUAACAUAAAGACAACAAUGGCAAUAGAAAGAGGUCCAGACCCGUGUAUGCCGGACCCCAAACAGAGAGGGGAAUAAAACAGGGCACGAGUGUUUCCUCCUCCUGAAUGAACGUCACUUACAGCAGCAGCGCCUUCACGCUCCGCUGCUCCCCACUGCUUUAAGUAUUCCCGCAAUAUUAGAGGAGUCAUGAAUAACAAUUAUUCUGGGGAGGUGUAGUGCGGCGCGCGGACGGAGCACCACACUCUGGAUCAGAGCGCGGGAUCUGAAGGGACAGAGGUGUAGAUUUGGAGAGCCAGGGUUCUGCAGGAGCAUCUUUUAAGCUAAAUUCAUAAGUUUUGGCCAUGAGGAGCUAAGAGAGGAGCGCGUAAUUUUCGAGCGAGUGUCGUGCUAUCGCGUGUUCUUCCUGCUCUCUGCGAGCUGGCGUGUUUUUCUGCCCAGAUGUUGGUGCACACGUAUUCCUCCACGGACCGCCAUGAUGGGGUACCGAGCCACAGUUCUAGACUGUCCCAGCUGGGCUCAGUGUCUCAGGGUCCGUACUCCAGCGCUCCGCCGCUCUCUCACACCCCUUCCUCGGACUUCCAGCCGCCGUACUUUCCCCCGCCGUACCAGCCGCUGCCGUAUCACCAGAGUCAGGACCCGUACUCACACGUCAGUGACCCGUAUUCUCUGAACGCCCUGCAUCAGCAACAACAACACCCGUGGGGCUCCCGUCAGCGGCAGGACGUAGGCUCGGACAGCGGAUCUUUACUGCCGCAGCCUAGAGCCUCGUUACCGCAGCUCUCCGGUUUGGACCCCCGGCGGGAUUACUCGACCGUCCGCCGACCGGAUGUGUUGCUCCACUCCACGCACCAUGGGCUCGAUGGCAUGGGAGACGGUCUGUCCCUGCAUGGCCUGGCGCACAGCAUGGAGGAUAUCCAGGCUGUUGAAGACGCAAACCAUAGCGGGAUGAACAUCAUGGAUCAGUCAGUCAUUAAAAAAGUUCCUGUUCCACACAAGAGUGUCGCUUCUCUAAUGAUGAGCAAAGAUGGCCUAAUCGGCGGGGUCAGCGUGAACGUCAACGAGGUCUUCUGCUCGGUGCCCGGUCGCCUGUCGCUUCUCAGCUCCACAUCAAAAUAUAAAGUGACGGUCGGCGAGGUCCAGCGGCGCCUCUCUCCACCCGAAUGCCUGAACGCGUCUUUACUCGGCGGGGUCUUGAGGAGAGCGAAAUCGAAAAACGGAGGGAGAUCACUGAGGGAAAAGCUGGAGAAAAUCGGCUUGAAUUUGCCUGCUGGGAGACGCAAAGCAGCGAAUGUCACAUUACUGACAUCUCUAGUAGAAGGGGAAGCUGUUCAUUUGGCUCGGGACUUUGGCUACAUUUGUGAAACUGAAUUUCCCACGAAGGCCGUGUCUGAAUAUCUGAACAGACAGCACACAGAUCCAAACGAAUUGCACUCGCGCAAGAACAUGCUGCUCGCCACCAAGCAGUUGUGUAAGGAGUUCACAGACCUGUUGGCUCAGGAUCGCACUCCUUUAGGAAACUCUCGGCCUUCGCCCAUCCUCGAGCCCGGAAUCCAGAGCUGCCUGUCACACUUUAGCUUCAUCACGCAUGGCUUUGGUUCUCCAGCCAUCUGCGCCGCCCUCACAGCUUUGCAGAACUACCUGACUGAAGCACUUAAAGGUCUCGACAAGAUGUUCCUGAACAACCCUACCCCCAACCGACACACGCCCGCCGACGUACCCGGAUCCAAAAGCGCAGAGAAAGAGGAGAAACACAGGAAAUGAGUUGGAAUUACAACAGGAUAUCAAGGAAAAGGGUCCUUGGAAACAUUAUGAGAUUCUAUAAACUCUAGUUUUAUGACAUUGCAUUUUACAUUCUGGUGAGACGGUGGAAAACAAAUCAUGGGAAAGCGAAGGAAAUGCUACGAUAAAAGACUGGAUGACACAUCUCUGCUGUGACUCGUUCAUCAGUUUCAUCUCAUAUGUGUGAGAAUGUUCGAGGAGUGUGUGUGUGCGUUUUUGUGUAUAAAAAAACUGACAUUACGUGAUGUUAGACAGAUGCUAUAUCACACAGGCUGACCUUUACACACGUGAAUCUCAGUGUACUCAUCAGCAGGAGCGUGGGUACAGUUCAAAUAUUGCUGUGGACACUUUUAUCUAUUAUAUUUAAAUACAAUAAUUGAUGGGGUCCACUGAACAUUGCCGAGAUGUUAGUGGACUAUGUUCCAUAUUAUUUACAGAAUCUAUACCCUAAAAUACACAGAGUAACGUUUUUAUCCAAAAACUGCUUGUAAAAUGAAAAUUUUGCUCCAUGCAGAUUUCAAGGAGAGACUAAAUGUUCAGAAUAUAAUAGACAGAAGUGCACUGUAAAAAAAAUGCAGCAUUUUGUCAAAUCAACAUAACAAAUUAGAAAUUCAACUUAAGUCAAAACUUAAAAUAUUAUGUUGAAUUGACUUGCAGAACAAAGUUGUUUUAACUUCAUGCUGCAUUUAUUUAUUUUUUACAGUGUGUGAUUAAAAAUUCACACCACAUUGUACACACAACUAUUCAUAUGAAAUUUUCAUCAGACCACAAUUGAUUGAAGACAUUUUUUGGCAAUGUUUAUUUCUUAUCAAGAGAUUUUUAUAUUAAACAUGGAUGCCACUCGGAAUCAGAGCUCAGUGGCUACAAAAAGUGAGAAAAAAAGUUAACUAAAAGCGCAAAUCUAAAUGGUUUUGGUUGCGUAUUUUUAAAACUGCAGUUGCGCUUUCAUGCUAUUCAGUAAUGUUAAAUGUGAGGACAUUAUCAACAUGGCAAUCAAGUUAAAAUCAUUAUCUUUUUAUUGACAUUUCAUCUUAUCUAUUUUAUUUACUUUUACAUAGACCUAAAUGAACAUUGAUAAAUUCAUACGUUUUAUGAUUCAUUACCUGAAUGGAGGACCAAUGUUUUAGAAGCCUUAUGAAAAAGACUUUUGAAACCAGCUAUAAAAUUGCAUGCCUAUAUUAUUGGCUUUAUUAGGCUGAAUAUGACUGGGGUAAUGAGGUGACCGCGCGUGCUGA